GUACCAUUAGAAAACAUCCUUACUAUCAUUUGCGUCCAGGCCGCACCCAAGCCACACCUGCCCAGAAGCCCCAGACGACAUCUCUCACAAGUAUUUGGUAUCCUUGGAUCCCUGAUAUGCGCUGUCAGACAUGUGCUCACCACCCGGCCGCAUCAUAGCAGUAGUAUAGAUCCGGGGUCUUCUCGCUUGACAGAUCGGAUUCCAUUGAAGAUCUUCUGGACCCACAGCAGGAUAUGAAUGCUGUCGUCUUCUCAGGCUAAAGAAAUCUUGCCGGGGAUUCCAGGCACGCUCAGCUGGUCGCCUGAAGGUCCCGUAAACGACCCCGCUUGUACGACAGACAGCACGAUAAGGAUGGGGAACCUCGUACAUAUAGACGACGACGUCUUCGUACCAUUCAUCUAGGGUCCUCGAGAACUUUCGUACUCCUAACAUACCCUUGCAGAAUGGUGGCUAGCGUUGACACUGUCGCGGACAAGGCAUACGACUACGUCGUUAUUGGUGGUGGCACUGCAGGACUGACCGCAGCCUCUCGUCUUGUAGAGAGCUUCCCGGACCGUUCCGUUCUCGUCUUGGAAGCGGGCGAGCCGAACCUCGACGACCCAAAGAUUCUGCUUGGAGGCCAAUUCGGGGGCACGUUUGGAGAUCCCAAGUAUGACUGGAUUUUCACGACGAAGCCACAGGAGAACGCAUAUGGCAAGGUGAUGACUUGGAAUCGCGGAAAGGGUCUCGGCGGAAGCUCUGCGAUGAACUUCUACGUUUGGACGAAGCCGCCGAAGCAAGCCGUUGAUGCCAUCGAAGAACUUGGUAACCCUGGGUGGAACUGGAAGUCGUAUCAGGAACUGACGAUGCGCACCGAAGACUUCUCGGAGGCGACGGAAGACCAACUCAAGCAGCUCGCCCAUACGUACAAGGCCGAGUACCGCGGGAAGGGCGGCGCGCUCAAGACAACGGUCCCCGCGACGGAGGUCUCGCUCACGAAGGGCUUCUUGGACACGCUUCAGAACAUGGGUGUGCCGCUUCUCGACGAUCCGUACGGUGGCAAUAUCACUGGGUGCUGGCAGGCGGCAGUCAGCCUGGACCGAAAGGCGCAAUGGACGCGCUCGUACGCUGCGACUGUGCACUAUUUGCCCAACAAGGACAAGCCGAACUUCACGGUCUUGACUGAGGCGCACGUCGCGCGGAUUCUCCUGGAUGCCAAAUCCGGCGACAACAUCACUGCAACUGGUGUGGAGUUCAUCCACGGCGGAAAGACGUACAGCGUGAAGGUUAACAAGGAGGUGGUCGUGUCUGCGGGGACGAUCAAAUCGCCCCACAUACUCGAGCUCUCCGGUAUCGGCCGUCGCGAUGUGCUUGAGAAGGCUGGCAUCCCUGUCAAGGUGGACCUCCCGGGCGUCGGCGAAAAUGUCCAGGACCAUACCCUCUGCGGUAUCUCCUAUGAGCUCGACCCGAAAGGCGAUCACAAGACAUUUGAUGUCCUUCGUAACGCCAAGCUUGCAGAAGAGCAGGCGAAGCUCCAGAAAGAAGGCGUUCAUAACUUGCACCGCUACGGCAUCUCAGCGUACUCCUUCCUACCGAUACAGGUGAUGAACCCCAAUGGGGCGCCCGAGAUCGUCGCGGGUGCGACGAAGAUGAUCGAGGAGCAAAUCAAGAGCGGCAAGCUUCCUCCUGGGCUAGCGGAGCAGUACAAGAUACAGCUGCGCAUCCUCCAGGACGCGCACAUACCGGAUCUGGAGGUCAUUGAUGUUCACUGCUACAUGAGUCACCGGUCGGCCCCGGAAGAUGGCAAGGCUUAUAUUACCAUCCUCGCUGUCCUUCAGCAUCCAUUCUCGAGGGGAAGCAUUCACACAAAAUCCAGUGAUCCGUUGGAGCAACCUGAAAUCGAACCGGCCCUCUUCGAGAACCCUUAUGACCUCGAGAUGCUGAAGGAGAGCGUCAAAUACACGAAGCGCAUGUCCGAGACUGAGCCCUUCAAGUCUCUCAUCGUUCGCGAAGUCGACCCUGGCAAGGAACACUCCACCGACGAGGAGAUCAAAGAGUACCUGAAGCACUACGCCCACACGUGCUGGCAUGCCAUUGGCAGCAACAGCAUGCUGCCCCGCGACAAGAACGGCGUCGUUGACCCUAACCUGAAGGUAUAUGGCACGACGAACGUGCGCGUCGCUGACCUCUCGAUUCUUCCUCUCCACUUCGCAUCUCAUACUCAAUCCGCUGCCUACUACGUUGGCGAGAAGCUCGCGGACAUCCUCAAAGCAGCGUGAACCAAUGCUUGGGAGCUCAAGACCGAUUCAUCCUCUUCUGUGUCUAUGUAACAAGCACAACCCCACAUCCGGCAUUGCGGAGGAACUGCGGGCAGCCUUCCAUGUACCAUACUGGCGUUCUGUAAGUAAGACGUACGUGCAAUCUAUCGCAUCCGAUCAAAA